CAACGGAUCUAGUAUGAUAUGACGUGAAGUGACAUUUGAGUUGUGAAAUCCUUUAGAUUAUGUGUCAUCUAAAUUUCGACGUAAUUGACUUUUAUAUCCUACCGCAUCGGGAAACUUUUGCGGGUUUCUAUCAUUUAUACAAUUUUUAACGCGUCAUAUGUUUCACCGGCAAAAUGUUUUGUAUUAAUUUUCGUCGAAACGUCGAGUCAGCGUUCGGUAAAUUCACACCGAAAAGACCGUUUAAUAUGUGUGGCUUAAAAUACAUACGAGAACCAUUGAAUCCGUUGAAACGAUGUCCACGAUGGGUUUGUGUAGAAGAUGCGGUAAAAAUCAUAAAUUCAGAGCACUUGGUUUUUAUACAAGGAGGCGCAGCAACGCCUCUAGAAUUAAUCCGUGCUAUGACCGAACAUGGUGUUUGCAAUAAUCUCCGCGGAGUAAGAUUGCUCCAUAUGGCUCUUGAAGGAGACGCGCCUUUCGCAAGUCCUGAAUUUCAGAAGCACUUCAGGUCCGUAAGUUUUUACAUUGGAGCUAAUCUCCGUGAAGCUGUUAAUGAGGGUAGAGCAGAUUACAUACCAAUUUUUCAUCACGAAGUGCCCAAGCUUUUUUAUGAAAGAAGAAUCAUCCCUGAUGUCGCUCUGAUUCACGUCAGUGUACCAGACGCACGUGGCUUUUGUUCCCUAGGCGUAAGCGUAGAUUGCACGCGUGCUGCGCUGAGUUCGGCAAAAGUUAUCGUUGCUCAAGUCAACGAGCACAUGCCAAGAGCGUUUGGGGAUACGGUCAUUCAUUCCAGCCACAUCGAUUGGGCCGUGAAGUACGAUUGUCCCUUGCCAUGCGUAGCCAGUACUCCCCCAAAUGAAAUCGAACUGGAAAUUGGCAAGAUUAUAGCGCAAAGGCUAGUAGACGACGGAGCGACCUUGCAACUCGGUAUAGGCAAUAUACCUGACGCUGUUCUCUGUUCCCUCGGCAAUCACAAAGAUCUAGGUGUUCAUACUGAGAUAAUGGGUGACACGAUGGUGGAUCUAGCCGAGCGCGGAAACAUCUCGAAUAAAAUGAAAGUUAAACAUAGGGGUCGUAUGGUCGCGUCCAUGGCGAUUGGUACCAAAAGGGUAUACGACUUUUUACACAAUAAUCCAUUUGUAGGUAUGUGUAAAAUUUGUACACCUGUAUCCAAUGUCUUUCAUACUCCUGCACAAUGCUUAUUUACUUUCAUAGAAAUGCUUACGGUGAACUACGUGAGCGAUCCUCGAGUAAUAUCGCAACAACCGAAAAUGACUACUAUUAAUCCCUGCAUAGAAAUGGAUCUUACUGGUCAGGUAUGUUCAGACAGUUUAGGCUGUAAAAUGUACUCAGGUUUCGGCGGACAGCUCGACUUCACACGUGGUGCUGCGAUGGGCCAAGACGGCCGAGGGAAAGCUAUAAUCGCGUUUCCCUCGGUUACUAGCAAGGGAGAGAGUAAAAUCCAACCUGUACUUAAAGUUGGUGGUGGAGUUGUAGUAACCAGAGGCCACGCGCAUUACAUAGUUACAGAGCAUGGAAUAGCUCAACUCUUCGGUAAAACGUUGCGUCAAAGAGCGAACGCGUUAAUUCAAAUUGCUCAUCCCGAUCAUAGAGAAUGCCUCGAGAAGGCUGCAUUCGAAAGACUCAAAGCUAAUCCAACCAAAUAUUUGUAAUCUCUGUAUACGAAC